AUGGCUAGAAGACGGCACAAUCUCGUCACCCCUUCAACUCUGCCGCAGGCAAGUCCAGAGACCGACGUAUAUCACGAUGCUCCAUCGUUCGGUGAGGCUGGGUCGACGGCCAAGACAGCAUCUACAACGAAACCCACGUCUACCCGCCAGCUGGCCGAAGUCGACCUCGGAGAUUCUGUGCACGAUACUAACCUAGCCCGCACGCAAGCUGCGCUUGAACGUGUCAAAGCUGGCCAAGCCCCGGUCGAAGAAGUGGACAAGCCACCAAAGCCUCGAAAACCACGGCUAGGCCGAGAUGGCAAGCCCAUGAGGCCGCGGCCUAGAAAGCGAAGAAACAGCGAAGACAUCGCGCGAGAUGCUCUUGUGGAACAAUUCCUCCACGAAAACAAAAUAGACCUCUACGACACGAACACGCUAGGACUGGCAAGCGUCCAGCCGCCUGGUGACGAAGCUGCUGAAGAUGGUGGUACGGACGAUCGCUUUGCAGAGCAAUUCCGGCAGGAUUUCAUGGAUGCAAUGGCCGAGAGGAGGAACAGGGCCAGACAUGCACAUCAGCCAAAGGCAUCAACGGGUGUCACAACAGAGUCAAGGGGCCCAAAGUUGGGAGGCAGUCGAAGCGCACGAGCGAAGAUGAUGCAAUGGCAACAGCAGCAACGACAGCAAGGGGAGUCAGCAAAGAAGUGA